AUGGCGUCCCAACAACAGGCCUUGGUCAUGGAGACCAUCCUCGCGUUCCGGCGGACGCUGAAGCGCAAAGCCUACGACUCCGACUCUGACUCGUCAAUUGAUGGAACCACAAACCGCGGCAACAAGCUUAAGAAGCGGGCGCGGUUCGUCCGCCAGGGUCGCAUGACCUCAUCUAUGGGCCCAGCCGCCUACAAGCAAGUUGCUGAGCACGCUGGCUACCACCGCUCCAUCAUCCACCGCAACCCGCCGCUGAUCGACGAGGACGGCUAUGAUAUCGAAAGCGACGACGAUGAGGAGCAGGUCCAGGAGGCUCUGGCCUCGGCGCUAGAGGAGAAUCCCUACGCCAACGUCCGGCUGGAAGAUAUCCUUGCCCCCUUAACCGCCGUCACCGACUUGCCAUCGCACCCGACCUUUUCUCGACCGUAUACCUCGAAAGCGCUCGACGAGCUGAUUGAACAGGGGCGCAACCUAAUGCAGAAAGAGAACAAGGCGCUGUGGAAGGCUAAGCCCUUAUUGACUAAGAUGGUCGGCGACAACACAUGGGCCCCCUGCGGCCUCAUGGCAGCCCCCGACGACCGCGACGCUUUGCUGUUUAGCGACACUGCCAGCUUCUUCAACCGCGCUGCAAACCGUCUAUUGACUGCCCCCAGUACCAACGGGAACCUUUAUCCAGGUCCCGCAGAGUCUGCGGUACGCGGGACAGAUGGGAUGAGAGCGCCGGCACAGAUUGUGGGGCAAGAAAAGGCGGACACAGCAGAAAAGGUGCAAGAUCAGGAUGGGGAAACCCUGCCAGAUGCGCAUGCAAAUACAAAUGGGGAGAGCAAGCCUAGCGGGGUAGAAUCAAACUCAGAGCGGAAGGUCAAUGGGGCCACAGAGGGGCAAGGCGAAGCACCCGGCAAAGACGGACCCUCAAGCAACACAAGGGACGGUGACGGCGACGUGGAUAUGGCCGAAGCAGCUGCGAGCGCCGCUCGGAACGAGAGGCUACCCGCAAAAUCAGCACCAGCACCAGCACCGGCACACGGGGUAUUGCCCCCUCUCGACCAGCACGCUCCCGACCCAUCCUCCCCUCUCCCCGAAUCCCUCGACGAACUCUUUAUCCACCCUCUCUUCCGCCUCCCGCCCGCAGCCCACCCCGACCGCGACCUCGGUCUCCCCGAGCAGGAAGCCGAAGAAGUCCGUCGCCUUCUACUGCUCUACGUGCAAAAACAAGAAGAAAUCUGCCGCGGCACCACACGCCUGUACGAGGGCCUUCUACGAGCCGACCGGCUGCGGAAGACGGUGUGGCAGUGGUCGAAGGCCGAGGCGCACUGCGGGCCGGAUCGUGACAUGUCGGAUGGCGAGGACUGGUAUGAUCGCGAAGCGUGGGGGUUGACGGAGGAUUUGAAGAAGGGCGAGGAUGAGGUUGAGGAGGAGGCGGUGGCCGCGGCCGCUCAGACGCAGAAGAAGACGCGGAAUCGGAAGUAG